AUAUAAUUUGGGUGAAAAAUUUCCUCUAUCCAAUUUAUAUGACACCUAUAACUAGCUGAAGUAACUUUUUUUAAUAAACAUAUUUUCUGUGUUUUGCUAAAAAUAAAGAUUGUGGGUACCCAAGUGAAAACUCGAGAUGAGGAUUUUAUCAGGGUUUAAGGUUCUUGUCUUGUAAUAAUAGUAUCUUCUUCGAGUAACAUACUAUGAGCUUUCUCACAAUCUCAACCAGUUGUUCAAUUCUCUAUCCCUUUCAAUUUUCUUCACCCAAAUUGUGCAUCUCAAAAUGGAGAAAGAGAACCCUUUCACCAUUUACAGCACGCAAUUCCAAGAUUUCACCAUUCUCCAACCCAUCAAGAUUCCAUAUUUCAGCCCAAUUUGGCCGACGAACAAAACGUCGAAACCAUUUGAGGAAAAAACUCACUCAACACCAACAACAGCAGGUAAAUGAAAACCCCAUUAGUCACAACCCAAGUUCUGAAAGUAUUCAAUUUAUCUCUGAAAAUAUUGAUGAAAAAAGCAUGACAAACUUCACUAUUCACAAUCCAAGUACUGAAAGUUUUCAAUUUGGCUCUGAAAAUGGUGAUGAAAAAAGCAACAAUCUUGUUUCUGAUAAACUGAAAACAAAGGCUUUGGGGGAGUCUGUUUUAUGGAAUAAAUUGGAGGGCUGGGUUGAGCAGUAUAAGAAGGAUACAGAGUUUUGGGGUAUUGGUACUGGUCCUAUCUUUACUGUUUUUCAAGAUUCUGAGGGUAAAGUCAAAAGGGUGGAUGUAAAUGAGGAUGAAAUUUUGAAAAGAAGCAGAAUUGAUCCAACAUUGUAUCGGAAUGCUAUGAUUGAGGAGCAUGAGGAUGUAAAAGCAAAAAUUUCACUCGCCGAGGUUUUAGCUAGGGAAAUGGAGAAUGGUAAAAGUUUACUUCCUAAGAAUAGUUCAGUGGCUAAAUUUGUAGUUUCUGGAGAGAAGUCCAAUACUGUCAAUAGGCUCAGCACUUUUACUCUAAACCCAAAUGUAACUAAAAAGUUGCCUAGAAUUGGAUUCGUGGUGUUUUGUGGUUUGUUUUUGAUGUGGACGGUGAAGAAAAUGUUUGAUAUUAGUUUAAAAAAUGAUGGAGAAGAAGAGUACUCAAGGUUGGAGAAGGAAAUGCUGAGGAGGAAGAUGAAAGCUAGAAAGGAGAGGGAGAAGACCGUGAAAGGUGAGGUGGAAGUUAUCCAGCGUACCAAAGAGCCAGAUAACAUGUUUCUGGAAAAGCCUAGGCUUGAUAAGCAAGAAAUUUUGAGCAGCCUAAAGAAAGCAAGGGAAUUCGACGGUGAACAGUUUCAGAAUCAGCAGUUUGAGAAUGCCGAAUUCUAUGAUAAGAUUCAGGAAAUCAGAGAGAUGGCGAGGCAUGCACGAGAACAGGAAAAGGGAAAUUCUGUUCAAGCUGAUAAUGGAGGAGAAUCAGGAGAUUAUCCAGCCUCAAUCGAACUCCCCAAUGAAAAGGAAGUUGAUGAACAGAAAUUGUUUGAGGAUAUUAAUGAGCAACAUGACCUUAAUGUAUUUGCGGGGGAUAUUGGAGAUCUCAGUGGAUCUGUUGGGCCAACCGCUUCCUUUGACAAUAAUGGAAUUGUUACCGGUUCAUCUUCACUAGUGAAUAAUGAAGUGGAGAUCUCCAACAGAAAUAUAGAACCUCCCGAUGAUUUCAAAAGUUCUAUGGAAAAUGCACGUGAGUCAAAGCAUGACGUAAGCUCAACUGAUGGAACUGAGGUAACUGAAAUAUCUAGUAUAACGUCUGGACAAUCAAGCAAGCCAAGUGAAAUUUCUGUGACAUCAAAAUCGAAAAUCAUUCUGUCAGUUAAGGAAGCUAGGGAGUACCUCUUGAAGAAAAGUGAGAAAGUGAAAACAAAGCAAGAAAGGACCCCUGAAAGUGAUCCAGAGGUUGAAAAUGUACCGAUACCACUAAUGGAAAAAGAGAAUAUUGGUGAUGUGAACCAACUGUCUGAUAAUGCAGGAACAUCUGAUUUUGCUUAUGAAAAUUCAAGUUUCAAACAAAAAGAAUUCCUUCCAACCAGCAACAAUGCUGUAGCUGCAGCUGCACUGAACAAAGGGAAAAGUUAUCGAAACCUGAGUUCAGAUGAUUAUGAAAACAACAGACAUGAAGAGCUUAAACCACUUGAUUUGUCGUCACCUGAACAAGAAACGACAGUUGGUGAUUCGAGCUCACAACUUGAUGAAAUCAAAACCUUUCAACAGUCAAUUCCACUUGAAACCUCUGAUUCGACCUCUUCUUCAAAACCAUUUCCAGCCAAUGACAUUCCUGAACAUGUUGAUAAAACUCACUCUCAUCAAGAAGUUAAUGGCAGGAAUGCGGAACUGGAACCAUCAUCAAAUAAUGGAAGCUGGUUGGAAAAGAAUUUCCAUGAAUUUGAACCAGUCAUUAAGAAGAUUCAGAUGGGGUUUAGGGAUAAUUACAUGGUGGCAAAGGAGAAAUCUGAUGAGGAGCUGAAUCUGAAAACUCAGAUGUUUCAUCCUGAGACUAAUGAGAAUGUCACCGAGCUUGAGUGGAUGAAAGAUGAAAGACUCAGUGAAAUUGUUUUUAAAGUUAGAGAAAAUGAGCUCGCUGGUAGAGAUCCGUUUUAUCAAAUGGAUGAUGAAGAUAAACUUGUUUUCUUCAGUGGCCUUGAGAAGAAAGUUGAUCAAGAGAAUAAACAACUACAGGAUUUGCACGAGUGGCUCCACUCAAACAUUGAAAAUCUUGAUUAUGGAGCAGAUGGCAUCAGUUUGUAUGAUCCACCGGAGAAAAUUAUACCUCGCUGGAAAGGUCCACCACUGGAAGGAAGUUCGGAGUUUCUAGAUUACUUUGCAGAAGAGCGAAAGGUAGUUGCAGAAAGUAUAAAGGAUUCAAAUCUCAUAAAGAAAGAAAGACGAGACUUGCCUCAAGGAUUGCAUGAGUCCCCAUCGACCAAUAAAAUUGAUUCGACUUCAGGUAUCUCUACUCACGAUGCAAAAACGAAAACUCCCAGGACCAUCAUUGAAAGUAGUGAUGGUUCCAUCAAGGCUGGCAAGAAAUCUGGUAAAGAGUAUUGGCAGCAUACAAAGAAAUGGUCCCAAGAGUUCUUGGAAUCCUACAAUGCAGAGACCGACCCGGAAAUUAAAGCUGUAAUGAAGGAUGUAGGGAAGGAUUUGGACAGAUGGAUUACGGAAAGAGAAAUAAAGGAAGCUGCCGAUGUGAUGGACAACUUACCUGAGAAGGGAAAGAAACUAAUCAAAGAGAAACUUGACAGGGUGAAAAGAGAAAUGGAACUGUUUGGACCCCAGGCAGUGGUGAGCAAAUAUCGUGAAUAUGCAGAUGAAAAGGAAGAGGAUUACCUAUGGUGGCUUGAUCUACCCUGUGUAUUGUGUAUUGAAUUGUACACUGAGGAAGAAGGAGAGAUGAAGGUAGGAUUCUAUUCACUAGAGAUGGCGGCUGAUCUGGAAUUGGAUCCCAAGCAGUAUCACGUAAUUGCUUUUGAGGAUGCUGGUGACUGUAAGAACCUUUGCUAUAUAAUACAGGCUCAUAUGGAAAUGCUUGGCAAUGGGAAUGCCUUUGUUGUUGCACGGCCUCCUAAGGAUGCUUAUCGGGACGCCAAAGCAAAUGGUUUUAAUGUGACAGUUAUCAAGAAAGGCCAGCUGCAGCUCAAUGUGGACCAGUCAUUGGAAGAGGUGGAGGAAGCUAUCACGGAUAUUGGGAGUAAGAUAUACCAUGACAAAAUCAUGCGUGAACGGUCUUUGGAUGUAUCUACAGUAAUGAAAGGACUAUUUGGUACUGGAAAACCUACGAAAAAGAGGAGAAGGUCACGGAGGAAACUAAAAAAGCCCACUUCUAAAUAGCUGUCAUGUUGGUGUUUACAGAGGAACUUAAUGGCAGACUGGCAGAGGCAGCCCCUUUAAUCAUUCUUCAUAGUUGAGGAAGUGCUAUGUACUUUGUGAAAUUAAAAGGAGAGCUCUAUAUUGGUCUCCGUUUUGUCCUUUAAUUGGAUAGCUUCCCUGAAGUUGAGCCGGUUCUUAGGCAAAUGAGAGAUCGUGAGGGCAUAUUUUCAGCUGCUGAAUAAUCCUCAACCUUUGACAGGCUGGCUAUUGUGGGACCUCUGUUGCCAAGUUUAUAUUAGGCAACAACGUUUUAGCACGGGCCUAGACUCGUUCUAACAUCAUGUACUGCAGGUGGAGGAACGUCACAAUUAGCUGAGAUGGUAUUGGUCUUUGAAUUGUGAUGGAAAUUUGAAGUCUGUGCCUGAAGCAACGAGUUGACUCUUGUACAUUAUCAUUUGUUUCUUUACCCGUUAAAGUUACUCAAAAGAUGAGUUCCAUAAUAUAUAUUCAGCUGCUACAAUUAUCCUAGAAUGAGAUCCUUUAGCAGUGGAAAGACUGCAUGGAAAUUUUUGUAUUCAUGAUGGUGCUCUCUGUGCAUCUCUAGACACCUCCAUAAUGUGGAUAGUUCAUGUAAUUAUAUCAAAACUGUUAACGCGACUUUUGUGAAAUUAUUAACAGUACAAAACUGUGAUUUGGAGGAUC